UAAGUCAACACCAGUGAGCACUGCAGUCAAGCACUGUAAGUCACAGUUUUUAAAUAAAGCUUUCGGAAUUCAAAAACAGCAUGGCGGCGCCUGAGUUGAACGAAGCAGAGUGAAACGUUUGCUGAAGUACCCGUAUCAAAAGUCAGACGAGCCAUGGCAACUCCUGUAAAACCAGCCAAAAAGAAGGAGUUGAAAAAGCGAAUCCAAGCAAAGACCUCGUUCAACUCCCCCUUCACUUCACAGUGGAGCCAACUUCCCCAAGAAGACAUGCAUUUUAUCCUCAAAACCUUAACGGACAAAAUGAUUUCAACAGGGCUGGAGAAGAAAGAGGUAAAAGUGUUUCGAUCGUGGGGGAAAAAGAAGGAAAAGAAAUCUGCUUCCACAACUGAAUCUUUGAGCCCGGAUACUCAGGAGAGCGAGCCCUCCAAAAACGGCUGGACAGAUGUUGCAGCAAGACGACAGCUGGCCAUCGGGAUCAACGAGGUCACUAAAGCUCUGGAGAGGAAUGAGCUCCACCUGCUGCUUGUGUGUAAAUCUGUCCGACCAAACCACAUGACUAAUCACCUGAUCGCUUUGAGUGCUACACGAGGUGUGCCAGCCUGUCAGGUGCCUCGCCUUAGCCAGAACCUCUCAGCUCCACUGGGGCUGAAAAGUGUCCUUGCACUGGGGUUCAGACGAUGCUCCUCCAGAGACGAAGAGAUGUUCACUGACACUAUCGAUGCAAUCAAACCAAGAGUCCCUCCAGUGGACGUGGCAUGGCUACAAGAGCCAGUGCCUAGAGUGUCACCUGCAAUUCUUGCUGGCAUGGAAAAGGAGGAGGAGGAGACGACGGAAGUAAUGGAAGUAGAAAAAAGACAGAAAAGAAAACUUGAGGGGGAACCUGAGAUCCUAGAGGUUCCCUCCUCCUGCACACUGCAGCCUCUUAAAGUGAAGAGAAUUGUUUCAAACCCUUCAAAGAAAAGAAAGAUCAAACCCAAUAAAAAAUCUGUCAAAUGAAACUGAGACACUGGAAAAAAGCAAACAUUUUUUAAGAUUUUAGGUUAUUUUUUUAUUUUUACAUUAAAUAGUUGCUGUCAAAAGUUUUAAAUUCAAAGAAUAACACCAAAGUUUCAGACAUGAUGGUUUUAACGAAUAAAUCCAGCUCGGUUUAGUUACUGUUGACAGUUUUACUUCUUUUGUUGAACGUAAUUGUUGGUAUCAAUCAUUAAUCUGUUGUUUAUGAGUCAGAAUGCUCUAAAUAAUAGAUAAUUCAUGACAAAUGUAGUCAAAAUUAUUGGUCUUCUAUCAAACUAGCACAAUCUAGCGUUAGCAGACCAAUCGGACUGUAUUAUCUGUAAUAUCUCAAAGAAAAUUCCCACUUUUCACUGUAAUCCUAAAUGAACUCCCUCAUUUCAAGUUGAUCAUACUUAUAAAAAUGUUUUUUUUUUUACAGUUUUGAAAGAUAAAUGGUUUGACUUCAAAUGUGAAAGAAAUAAUUAACAGAUACGUUCUCCUUUCAAAUGAGUUUAUUCAACCAGAUUAUCAGGUAUCCAUGCUGGUAUAGCCGAUGUGUUGAAAUGGAUUGUUUUUAUGGGUUCACGUUUUAAUGAGGCUGGUACGAGUUCUUCAGUUUUAAUCACAGCUUACAAGGGCAUUUAAUAAAAAUACUGUUGUUCAGUUAAGAUGUCUUUCAGAUCAAAAACUCCCCCCUUCAUCUCAGUGGCAAAAGAAAAAAAAAA